AUGAACGCAAUUGUAAAAAAUGCAUUGCGUGUUGGCACAGCAAAUAAGUCAACAAAAUAUCUGGGAUCCAUGUGGAACGUGGGUAACUAUCGUAAAGACAGUUCUAAAUAUUCAACUACAUCAAAUAAAUUAAAUAAUGCUUGUAAAUAUGAAUCUGGAAAAUCACAAGUUACUCAAGUUAAAAAAGAAUUGUCUAAGCAUUGGAAUGUCUUAAAUGCUGCUGUUAACAAAAUACUUUCAACAAAUACAGCUGAUGCAACACUGACUGAAAGUUUACAAAAUGAAACCCUAAAAGUUGGUGACUUUGAUGUAUCAAUAAUUAAUCGUGGUAAAUUUACAUUAAAAACACAGAAAAACAACGAAACUUUUAUUUUGCCUCCAGCAGUUGUCAUUAAGCAUGAAGAUGAAAUGAUUAAAAAUUUACAGAAUGAAACUGCUGCUGGAAAAAAAGAAACAUUAACAUCAAAAGUUGGCAAAUUUAAUGUAUCACUUGAUAAUGGCAAACUAAUAUUAAAAAUAGAAGAGAAUGAUGAAACUUUUACUUUUAAUCACAAACUUGAAAUUAAAGUUUACAAAAAGUUGACUGACAAUAAGUGUUUUAAGAAUAAAAAAAUUGCUACUGAAGAUGAAGCCAUAGAAAAAAGCUUAAAACUUCCAGUAAACAGUAAUUAUGCUGCAUCAGUUGAUCAAACUAAAUUAACAUUAAAAACACAAGAAUAUAAUACCAUUAUGCUCGAAUGGCUCCAAGAACCUGACUGUAAUCUUGUAUAUUCCAAACAAUUGGCUAAAAAUGGAAUUGGUGGCAAUGAAGAAACAAAUCGAUUUCUUCAAAUAAUGGGUCAUCAUCAUGUGUUAGUUGAAGGAGGUCGAGUAACUGUAAAACAUAAAAAAAGUGAUGAAAUUUUCGUUUUCGAUCACACAGUUGACUUCAAGUCUUGCGAAGAUCUAGCUAAAAAUCUAACAAAUAAAAUUGCUACUGAAGAAGAAUUCGAAAAAAUAACAUCAACAAUUGGUGAAUUUGAAGUAGUACUUGAGAGCGGUGAGAUAACAUUAAAAACACAAGACACGGAUGAAACUAUUGUUUUGAAAUGUGCAGUCCACCUGAUAGUUGACGUAAAUGGUAUAGAACCAAUUAUUAAUAUUACUCGGUAUUUAAAAACUGCCUUUAUUAAUCAUCCACAUUAA